AUGCGGUCAGAGCGGGCUAGCCGUGUGUGUAUCGUGGUGCUGGAGGAGGUAGAGGAGGAUGAGCCCUCCUCUUCAUCCCCACCUCCUCGGCCUAAAUAUUCCCCAGACCGCAGAUCCCAUCAUGCCUCUCGAAAGGCGGCCGCUCAGGAUGACAAGCCAUCUCUGUUAAAAGCCAUCUUCAACGUGGACCCAGAUGAAGUUCGCUCCCUCAUAUUCAAGAAAGAGGAUGUCAACAUUCAGGACAAUGAGAAGCGGACGCCGCUGCACGCCGCAGCCUAUCUGGGAGAUGCAGAGAUCAUUGAACUGCUCAUCCUCUCAGGAGCCCGAGUUAAUGCCAAAGAUAACAAGUGGUUGACUCCUCUUCACCGAGCAGUGGCUUCUUGUAGCGAGGAUGCGGUGGCCGUGCUGCUGAAGCACAGUGCGGAUGUUAACGCUCGGGACAAGAACUGGCAGACGCCGCUCCACGUGGCAGCUAGCAACAAGGCGGUCCGCUGCGCCGAGGCUCUGGUCCCGCUGCUCAGCAACGUCAACGUGUCUGACCGUGCGGGCCGCACCGCCCUGCACCACGCUGCCUUCAGCGGUCACGUAGAGAUGGUGAAGCUGCUGCUGUCCAGAGGGGCCAACAUCAACGCCUUCGACAAGAAGGACAGGAGAGCCAUCCACUGGGCAGCGUACAUGGGUCACCUGGAGGUGGUGAAGUUCUUGGUGGCCAGCGGCGCCGAGGUGGACUGUAAAGACAAGAAGGCAUACACACCACUACAUGCUGCCGCGUCCAGCGGCAUGAGCAGCACAGUGCACUACCUGCUGGGCCUCGGCGUCCACGUAAAUGAAGUGAAUGCCUAUGGCAACACGCCGCUCCACCUGGCCUGCUACAACGGACAGGACGUGGUGGUCGGCGAGCUCAUCGAAGCCGGAGCCAACGUCAACCAGGUGAACGAGAGAGGCUUCUCUGCUCUCCACUUUGCUUCCUCCUCCCGCCAGGGGGCGCUGUGCCAGGAGCUGCUUUUGGCCCACGGAGCUCACAUCAAUAUGCAGAGUAAGGACGGUAAGACUCCCCUCCAUAUGGCAGCUACACAUGGAAGGUUCUCCUGCUCCCAGGCGCUCAUUCAAAAUGGAGCCGAAAUCGAUUGUGAGGACAAAAGCAGAAACACUGCCCUUCACAUUGCUGCGCGCUACGGCCAUGAACUCAUCAUCACAGCGCUCAUCAAGCACGGAGCCAACACCGCCAAAAGAGGCGUUCAUGGGAUGUUCCCGCUCCACCUGGCAGCUCUCAGCGGCUUCUCGGAUUGCUGCAGGAAGCUGCUGUCCUCAGGGUUUGUCAUAGACACCCCUGAUGACUUUGGAAGGACCUGUCUCCAUGCUGCUGCGGCUGGAGGAAAUCUGGAGUGUCUGAACCUGCUUUUGAACAUCGGAGCCGACUUUAACAGGAAAGACAAUUUCGGAAGGGCUCCGCUACACUAUGCAUCGGCCAACUGUAACUACCAGUGUGUGUUUGCCCUGGUGGGCUCCGGGGCGAGUGUGAAUGAGCUGGACCAGCGGGGCUGCAGCCCUCUGCAUUACGCCGCCGCUGCUGACAUGGAUGGAAAGUGCGUGGAGUACCUGUUGAGGAACGACGCCGAUCCAGCGGUGAAAGACAAGCAGGGUUUCAGUGCGGUGCACUACGCCUCGGCGUAUGGACGCACGCUCUGCCUGGAGCUGAUGGCGAGUGAGACACCUCUUGACGUGUUAAUGGAGACAUCAGGAACAGAUAUGAUGAGCGAUGCGGAGAGCCAGGCCCCCGUCAGUCCGCUCCAUCUGGCGGCGUACCACGGUCACUGUGGAGCGUUGGAGGUACUGCUGUCAUCCUUGCUGGACGUGGACGUCCGCAGCCCGGAGGGGCGUACGCCCCUCAGUCUGGCAAGCUCCAGGGGUCACCAGGAGUGUGUGUCCCUGCUGCUGCACCACGGGGCCUCUCCGAUGACCCGGGACUACAUCCACAAGAAGACGGCCAUACACGCUGCAGCUAUGAACGGCCACCCGGAGUGCCUGCGCCUGCUCGUGACCAACACCGACCAACACAUCAACGUGGACGCACAAGACACUAAUGGACAGACUCCUCUGAUGUUGGCGGUGCUGAGCGGACACACGGAGUGUGUGUUCUCCCUGCUCGGUCAGGGAGCUAGCGUGGAGAGUCAGGACCGCUGGGGCAGAACGGCGCUGCACCGAGGGGCUGUGACGGGCCAGGAGGAGUGUGUGGAGGCCCUCCUCCAGCGUGGGGCCAGCGUGUGCGUGAAAGACAUCCGGGGCCGCUCGCCGCUCCACCUGGCGUCCGCCUGCGGCCGCGUGGGAGUCCUGGGCGCCCUGCUGCAGACCUCCGGCUCCUCACACACUCAGACACACCUCACCGACGGCCAGGGAUACACGCCGCUGCACUGGGCCUGCUACAACGGAUACGAUGCGUGUGUGGAGGUGCUUCUGGAUCAGGAAGUGUUCAGGAAGAUCAAAGGAAACCUGUUCAGCCCGCUGCACUGCGCUGUCAUGAACGACAACGAGGGAGUGGCCGAGAUGCUGAUCGACUGUCUGGGUGCAGAUAUUGUCAACAGCACGGACUCGAAGGGCAGGACGCCGCUUCACGCCGCGGCCUUUUCUGACCGCGUGGAGUGUGUGUCCCUCCUCCUGAGUCACGGAGCUCAGGCAAACACCGCCGACACACACACUCGCAGGACGCCGCUCAUGAUGGCAGCGCUGAACGGCCAGACGAACGCCGUGGAGGUGCUGGUGAGCAGCGCCAAAGCAGACUUGGCGCUGCAGGACACGGAAAGAAACACGGCUCUGCAUCUGGCCUGCAGCAAGGGUCACGAGACGAGCGCCUUGUUGAUUCUGGAGAAAACCAGCGACAGGAAUCUCAUCAACUGCACCAACGCGGCGCUCCAGACGCCUCUGCAUGUCGCGGCCAGGAAGGGCCUGACUGUGGUGGUCCAGGAGCUGCUGGGUAAAGGCGCCAGCGUGUUGGCGGUGGACGAGAACGGUUACACUCCCGCUUUGGCCUGCGCCCCCAACCGCGACGUCGCCGACUGCUUGGCGCUCAUCCUCAACUCCAUGAUGCCCACCUCGCCGAUGGUCACCAUCGCGGCGCUGCCCGCCCUCUCGCUCAACCAGACCGUCAUCAACCACCACCCCACCUCCAACCACAUCUCCAAGGGCGUGGCCUUCGACGCCCCGCCCCCUCUGAGGCCCGACCACGCCUCCUACUGCAGGCCCGAGCGCCCGCUCUCCUCCGUCUCCGCCGACGACGAACUGAACGACUCGGACUCGGAGACAUACUGAGGACGAGCGCCGGACAAAGCGCCGCUACCCUGGCAGGCGAGCCAGACACUCAGGAGCCUUAACACACCGCUGACAGGAGACGACCAGCACGGCUGGUUGUUUUUAGGAAAGCCUGUUCUAAUCUGAAAAUAAACCUGACGUGAGCCACGUGGUCGUUUCCUCCCGGUGCAGACCCGCAGGAAACAAAAGUGUGUGCUAAACCUGUAGGACAAGGCGAUCCGUUUCUCUCAGACUGCAUCACUGUACGGUCACAUGGCCAGUUGUCUUUUUAAACUUAAAGCAAUGUUUUGGGUUUCAAGUCGAGCUCCUGUUUUCUGCUGACAUUUUUCUGAAAUUAUGAAAUAGUUUUGGGCCUUUUUAGAGAUUUCAAUUCAAUUUACCAGAAGAGCAUCAACUGGAGAAAAGCUCAGAGGACUGUCUUUUUUUUUUUUUUUUUGUAAUUAUUUUCUUUACAUCAUUUCUGAAGAAAAGCGAAGCAGCGGGACAAUCGUAGGGACCAGGCAAGGAAUUGUUUUUCCUGCUGUACUUCUCCAGUUUUUCUAGUCUGAGCUCACGGCAGGCUCGCCGAACUGCCGCUCGAGGACACUGGCGAAGCUGCGUCAGUGGCUCGGAGCCACCUCUCGAUUCCCUGGGGAGAAAGUGAUCAUCGAAACCUGUGUAUUUAUUCCAAGUUCAGCUUGAAUCCUCGAGAGGCGACUCUGACAGCAGGUGGAUGUACGACCCGUUUUACUGUACAGCCGGCUCAGGACUGAGCGGGCGGCCCGAGGAACCGUUAACUUGCAAUGCUGUAACUACUUAAUGUCUGUGUUCUGUACUGGAGACGGGGGUGUGACUGAGGUGUGUGCGUGAGUGAGUGUGAACGAGUGAGAGAGAAAUGAAUGAAUAAAUAUUGCCUUUUUAGGAAUAUGCAACAUUCAGGCAGAGAAUGAAUGCUACUCGGUGCAAUGUUUGUAAAGAUUAAAUAACAGAUGAAUAAAGGUAUUUGAUUU